AGCUGCCAUAACUUUCGGUAUCGAUCGGUUCCUUUCAAUGACAUUUGGCUGUUCAACUGUCUGUGCCGACUCUUGCAAAUAUCCGGCGGCAACUGUGCUCGUUUACUUGUUCCAAUGACGCUAAGGGCGACGACGCGUGAGCAAUUUCGCAUUGUACUUAGAUGGGUGAAGGAGUACCCGGUGUUGGCGAGAAGUGAUAAUGAAGUGGAGAAAGACGGCCGCGAGCUAAAAACCCAAUUGUGGAAGAAACUUGCCAUUGAGCUGAAUGAAAUCGGACCGCCAGUGAGGGCAUGGAUGGCUUGGAAGCGGGUUCUCACAGAUUACAAGUACAGUUUAAAGAAAAAAAUUCAACGUCGAAUCGCUAAUACGUCUCAAGGAGGAUCAGAAAUAUUAGCCUCACUAAGUGACCUGGAGACUGAAGCGCUUCAGGCUUCACUGUUGGAUUGGGAUUUUUCGGACGAUAAAGUACAGCUAUCAGACACGCCUCCAGUAGAUGAUGCACAUAUGCAACAACAAUCUUUAGACGAUAGCGAUCUCUUAACACCUUCAGACGGCCAAAAAGCGAACGGAACUACGGACCCCGUACAGUUGGUUAACGGAAAUCCUGCUAAUACAGAAGUAUUGAAUGGCCAAAUUGCUAAUGGAAAUAUCGAAAACUUGACGCCGCAAAUACCUGUCAAUUCGGAACUGGUGAAAUUAGGAGAAGACGAUCCGAUGAUCGAUAAAAAUACUCCGAAUGGAACUACUCAUAUGCAACUGACUAAUCAGCCUAUAGAUAAUAUGCCCUUAUCACAGUUAUCACAAGAGAAUUUUGUUCAGCUACAACCGGUACCCAUUACGAAUUUACCGAUUAACGGUGGGAGUUAUAUUAAAAUCGAUGCAGACGGUACCACACAGGAAAUACAACAAAUACCUUCCUUAGAUCAGAAUAUCGGAAAUCAACCAGAAAUUCCACUGCCACCCCCUCCAGUCGUUGUUACAAGUGUACCAGAAAUGACAAGCACCACCUCAUUGAAUACUGUUCCACUGAACACACCGCAAACGAUUGAACAGCCCGAAAUGCCAAAUCAUAAUCAACCGUCGCUGCCCCCUCCGCCGCCACCGCCCCAGAUACAACCCAAUCCUGAAAUGGUGCAGCAACAGCAACAAGGGCAACAACAGCAACAAUUGCAACAGCAGCUACAAGGACAACAACAGCAGCCAGGACAACAGCAGUUACAAGGGCAACAGCAGCAACAAGGGCAACAACAGUCGCUGUCAUCUGAAGAAAUGAACAUUCUUAUAGCACGUGAAAUCGAUCGAAUGGCAAGUGCACAAAAGGUCCGGAAACAAGGCCAGCGCAAACGUGAAACGCGAGAUCGCUCGAAAGCUUCUCAAGAGGGCACCUCGCAAGAACAAAAGCCACAACAGCCACAGGCGCCGCAACCACCGAAGGAAAAAGUGCGACGUUCUGCAUCUUCAGAUCAAGGUGAUCGACCUAAAAGAGCACCCCAAAAAAGACCAAGACCACGACCAAAAGAGACGAGUAGCGCCAGUGCUGCUGCCGUAGCAAGUACUAGUAGCGGGUCUCGAAAUGCAAAACGAGUUAUAAGCGGUCGUGAAUUCCGCUAUUGUCUCCUUCAGCUUCUGACCGAGGCAAAUGAAAUGGAGAAGCGUCGCAUUGCAAUCACUGAGACAAAGGUUCGCAAUCAGACGGAAAUCCAAAACUUGGAGAUUACGCGAAUGAACUUGGAGAUAAUGAAACUACAAAAGGAGAUCACGUUACUCGAUCACGGGGCGAAGAUUCUUCCUUAAGUUUGUAAGUCUCAAAGUAUAAACACACAUACAGUAUAAAUUGUAGAUAUUAAUAUGAUUCAUUGUAAACAUUUUACUUUUAAAGAUUCUAUGUAAUAAAGGAACGAAAAAUAUGAAAGAUUUCUCGAGAUUUGGCUGGACGACCGAGUAAAAAAAGAUUAACGAAAAAGAGAUGAUUGAAUUUUAUUAAUCUAACCUUUUUGGACUAGAGUAUUUUGGCAAUGACUGUAUACUGAUCCAAACUGAUAUGAUAUGCAAACGAAAACUAUGAUAAGUUGAUUUUCUUAGGCUGUAAUAUGCGUGUUUGUUAUACUGAAGAUUAUUUCUUUUUGACGAAAUACAAACAGGAAUUCCUAACUAGAAAGUAACGGCUUGUGAACGACAUUUACUGAAUAUAUGAUUUUGAAAUUCCAAUUUUUA